UCGGUUAAUACAAACAUAGUUUGAAGUGUAAACUUACUGCUCAGCCGUAUAAAAUGGAAGAGGGAUCAGAAGAAACAGAAAAUAAUACACUGGCGGAAAACACUAACACGUCUGAGGAUCCAACUCCGGUAGCGAGUGCUCAGAUCGGAGAGGAAGAACCUGAAAGUGCACUUCAUGUUAUCUCAGAAGCUGUUGAGAAUGAUGUGGAAGAGCAGAGUUGCCCACAAGACAUGACCAUAACACACAUUGCUGAAUCAAGUGGACCAGCUGAAAUAGAGUCUGGGCCACCUAUGGUAACCGAGGAAGAUGUCGGGCCAGAACCCCUAAUAAUUGAGACCAUGGAGGACACUGAGGGUCCUGAAAUAGAACAUCUCAUUGAAGAACUUGAGUCAGAUGAGGGCAUCCUGACAGCUGAGGAAGAGGAAGAGGAAAACAGAUCUCCAGUGUCCAACCCAUGCAUACCAGAGAAUGUGAGGUCCAGCCCUCCCGGCGAAUCAUUGGUGCCUGCCGAAAAGGAGGAGGAUGGCUUCAAGAUUACCUUUGAGGAACAUAUGGAGCUGCUACGUGAACUGCAGUCAGAGCGUGACAAUCUCAGCAAGCUAAACGAUCAACUGCAGAAUAAAAUAGCAGAACACCUCAGUAAGAAGACAGCUGAUGAUGAACACCCCAAAAUGGAAAAAGAGAUCUCAGUCCAGGAGCAGUACCAAGAGUGCGUGGAUCUCAUGGAGGACCUGAAAUUGCAGCAUCACCGUAGGUCAGAACUUUACCAACAGCAGACUGGCGAGCUGCACCAGCAAAGCCAAGAGAAACUGAAUCAGGUGAAACAAGAGUUGCGAUUAUUUGCUGCACUGAAACAUGAAGCUUCCUCGACAGCACUGACUGGUAAAGUGGGCAAGCGGGCAGCACUAGCCAAGUUGGAGCAGCUGCAUGCAGAGGAACAGAAGCAGGAAGAUGAGCUGGCAUGUGUGCGUCUGAAGAACAUCAAGCUGAAGAACAAAAUAUGCAAAUAUGAUGCUGCGCUUCACUCCAAACAGGAGUUAGCUGAUGGCUUGCUCCUGAUGGACUUUGAGCAGCUCAAGACAGAGAAUCAGACAUUUAAAGCUAAAUACAAGGAGCGCAGGGAGGAGCUUCUUAGGUUAAAAAAGAAGGUUGCUUGCUCUGUGCAGGGCAUUAGUCAUGUGAAAGAGAAGCUGAAUUUUCUUCAGAUGGAGAAUGAGGCCAAACGCACUCAGCUGGCAGAAGCAGAAGCAUUGGUGGCUCAUAAACGUGACGUGCUGACUCGCACCCGACAGGCUCGUGACAGUCUGCGUACAGAUAACCUUAAGCUGCAACAGCGCUGUGGCCUGCUGGGGAACACCACUUUGCUUCGAGACUUUGAGGAGAAGGUGGAUACAUCUGAAUUCCUGCAGCACAGACUGGAGAUGCUAAAGAGACGCCACGCUGAACUCAUACUGAAGUGUGCUGGUGUGAAGCAGAAGAUAGAGCAAAGCAAACCAGAGCACAAGUGACACAAAUGCAUGAAUUUAAUGAAUUAUGUGUCUGUUGAAUUUUUCUUAUUGUCUCAUGUGUGUCUUGACAAAGCAUAACAUUGUAUGCAGUUCAUUAAGUUUAUACAAAAGUUUGUUUAAUUAGAUGUUGUCUAGUUAGUAUGUUGUGUGCAUAAGAAAGAAACAAAGACAUAUUUAAUAUUACUUUGAAUUGUUUUCUCAAAUUAUAGUCAUUUUUCUUUUCACUAUUAUCAUGGUACCAACAGAUGGCGUUAUUUAUUCAGUCAAGCUGACUAGACAAGCCAAUCUGCCUCAUUGUAAUUCAUUCUUUAAAGAAAUCUGAAAAUUCUCAUCAUUUGCUCACCCUCAUGCCAUUCCAAAUGUGUAUGACUUUUUUUCCUCUGCUAAACACAAAUGAAGAUUUUUAUAAGAAGAUUUCAGCUCUGUAGUUCAAUACUAUUCAAGUGAAUGGUGGCCAGAACUUUUAAGUCGAAAAAGCAUAUAAAGGCAGCAUACAGGUAAUUCAUAUGACUCCAGUGGCUUAAUCCAUGACUU